CACAUUUUCAUGUCCAGAAGUGAAAGUGAAAGGUUUUCAGACAGAUGCAGAGCUGCAGAGGAAGACAUCAGGUUAUUCUUAACAAAGAAUCUCAUCCAAACACCGCUCACUGAAGCGAUGUCCAAACAUUUCUACUGAUGGAAAGUAACUCAACUCACUGAGGAGGAGGACUUCUUCCUGUACUUUACCCCAUGAGUUUUCCCUCUACUGUAACAGGACUGAACCAGACUGCAUGAUAAAACAGACAAACGGACCCUGAGAGAGGGGAGGACAGUAACCUGGAUACACAGAGGAUGACUGACUGAUGGGACACAGAUGAAAACAUAAAAAAAGGCAGGAAAGCCUGAGCAAUGGACUCUGAAGCCAGAGGGACGAUGGAGGUGGCGGCGCUCGGCCGACCUUUCAGCCUCGGGAUGCUGUACGACUGCCGCAAAGAUUCACUCAUCCCCGGACUAACAUUGUGGGACCGCAGUGACCUGGAAGAACAUAUUGGAGAAAGACCACAGAGCUAUAAUGACUUUGAGAUAGUUGCAUCUGAAUCAAUUGAGGACAAAUCUUCAGCACUUAAUGUUGAAGCCUCUUUGAAGGCGAGUCUCUUGGGCGGACUGGUUGAGGUUGAUGGAUCGGCAAAAUACCUGAAUGAUAGUAAGACUUCGAAAAAUCAGGCCAGAGUAACACUGAAGUACAAAGCUACCACAAAAGUCCAAGAACUGUCGAUGGAUCAUCUUGGACGAGACAACAUGAAGCAUUCAUAUGUCUUUGAUAAAGGGUUAGCCACACAUGUAGUCACAGCUAUUCUCUACGGAGCACAAGCCUUCUUUGUCUUUGACCAUGAGGUGUCAGAAAAGGACAGUCAUCAAGACAUUGAGGGUAAGUUGAAGUUGAUGAUCAAGAAAAUUCCCGAUCUUGCUAUAGGGGGUGAAGGUUCACUGAAAAUGGAAGACAAAGACAGAGAAAAGGUUGAGAAAUUCUCCUGCAGAUUCUUUGGAGACUUUUCACUUCAGAAAACUCCGACAUCCUUUGACGAUGCAAUACAAGUCUAUCAAAGUUUGCCAAAAUUGCUGGGAGCCAACGGAGAAAAGGCCGUACCAAUGAAGGUCUGGAUGUUGCCACUGACAUGUUUAGAUUCUUCUGCUGCUAAACUCGUCCGUCAGAUAGGCAUAAGAUUAGUUCAAAAAACACAGAGGGUCCUGGAGGACUUCAGUGAGCUGGAAAUGAGAUGCAACAAUGCAUUGAAAACCACCACUGCACAGCAGUUCCCACAGAUUGACACAAAGAUUAAAACAUUUAAAGAGAUGUGCUCUGAGUUCAAGCUGGAAUUCCAACAAACCUUGGCAAAGAAACUUCCAUCAAUCCGAGGAGGCGGAGAAGAGGAGGCUGUGCUCGCAGAGAUCCUGAAGAAGAUACAUUCUUCUCCUUUCAGCAGCAAAGACCUGAACAAGUGGUUCGACUGUAAAGAGAGAGAAAUUAACACCUUAAAGUCGUUCACCAACAUGAUGAAGAAUACUAAGAUUGUGUCAUCUGAAACAGACAUAUACAAGGAAAGUCUCAGUGCACAGCAUGCUGUGUGUUUUGUUUUCACCUCGCUGGGAAGUGAUGAACCGUACCUCUCAAAUUUAUCAAACUACUUAGAAGAAACAACCAAACCAGACAAAGCUCGAGGGUCUCAUACGCAUGAGUUAGAGAAGGAACAAUGGUAUGCUUCAAAAGAAGUAGCAGAUACAAUGAGGAGGAAAGCAAAAGUCUUCAGUGACUUUGCAGAGGCCAACAAGGAUGACAAGAACAUUAAGUUCUUGGCAGUUGGUUCAACGGAUGAAACACAGAAGGGCUCAAGCAUCUACCUUUAUAAAGACGGCUUCUCUAUCAAUGAGAACUUUGAGCCUCCUUCAAAGCCUGAAACUGUGACAGUCAGAGACAUAAACCACAACAGUGUGACACUGAAGAUUUCCCCAGCAAGGUCUGGAGCAGAGAACAUCACCUCCUACUCUGUUGAGUACUGUGUCAGUGGAGAGGAUGGAUGGAAAGAAAAGACGGCAUCAGAAGCUGAAGAAGUCACAGUGAGCGAUCUGAGUCCAAACACAGAGUACAAGUUCAGAUGCAGAGCAGUGACCUCAGUAGGUGUUGGACCAGCCAAUGAAGUCAGUGGUUCCAUUAAAACCUUACCUUGCAGCCCUCCUGGAAUACCUCAAGUUGAACCAAACUCAAGUGAGAUAUCAGUCAGCUGGGACAAACCUGAUGAACUUUUACAAUAUGUCGAGAUCGUGAGCUACAUCGAGGGGUACGCCGAAACAGACAGCAGGGUGAAAGAGGAAGAUCUCCAAUGGACCCAAAAGAUGUUGAAGACUGAACAGUCGAUUAUUUCAGAGCUCAUGUCAGAGACGGAAUACGCUGUCGGGGUCAGGGGUGAUUGUGCCAAAGCUGGAAGAAGCAAAGAAAGCAUCUCUGUCAGUGUCUGCACAAGAAAAUAUUCACCACUUGCAGAAUCCCUCAGAAGUACAAGCACAUGUAUUAAUACUAAAUCACCCUCAGUUCAUAAACUGCACCUGACAGAAGAAACUGUGGACAUAGGUGGAUGCCAGAUGUAUAGCUUUGGCAACCACAUCGUGAGGCAGAAUCGAACAAUCAUUAUUUUUGGUGAGCCUGACUCUGGAAAGUCCCGUCUGAUCAAUGGAAUGAUCAACUACAUUGUUGGUGUCAAGUGGGAGGACAAUUUUAGAUUUGUGUUAAUUGAUGAGGAUCAGUCGAGACCACAAGGUCCCAGUCAGACUUCAGAAGUCACUGUAUACAAAAUCAACCAUCAGGAUGGGUUUAAAAUAGACCACUCACUGACCAUUGUUACUAUUGACUUUCCAGACGUCGACAGACACAAACAGAUCCGAGAACAGCUGUUCAGUCUCUUCACUUCUAUUCUACGUGUCAGAGAAAUUAACGCUGUGUGUUUCGUAGUUCAGGCUGCUUUAGCUCGACUCACACCAACACAUAAAUAUAUGUUUGAUACUGUGCUUUCAAUCUUUGACAACAGUGUGGCAGAAAUCCUCAGAGUUCUGGUGACAUUUGCAGAUGGCCAGCUUCCACCAGUUCUAGAGGCAAUCAGCGUUUCAGGUGUCCCAUGUCCUCUAUCAGAAGACGGGCUGCCACUUCACUUCAAAUUCAACAAUUCAGCGUUGUUUGCAGACAACAAAUCAUCUGCAGCAGGCAGCAGGAGUAACGAUGGAGGCUUUGAUCAGAUGUUUUGGAACAUGGGAACAAGAAGCAUGGAGACGUUCUUUGAUGGUUUGAAUGUGAUGAAAACCAAUAGCUGGACACCGACAGCCCUUAUUUUGAUGGAAUUGCAAAAUAGGAGUAUUUAGAUGGUUAGAAGGUUAGAAGAUUAUAGGCUGCAGGUUGUUUUUGAGAAACUGAAAAGAACACAUGCUGACAUACUCAUAUAAAAAUCUGCUCCAAUGCCACAUGAUCAUGAACAUUUUCAUUUUUGUGUUUUUAACAUAAAUGUUCAAAUCUGUUUCAUUGAGUUUUCACACUGAGUCAUCAGCUUCCUGCUUAUUUUAACAUGUUUUAUCUACUAUUUUCUUUCUUUUUGGAGAUUUAAAAACUUAAAGACGAUCUGAAUAAUGUUUAAUUAC